UCCAUGAUGCAUGCCAACCAGUUUAUUUGGAUGUCUUAUCUCCAACGGCAGUUGCCGGAAAGUUGUGAUGCCGGUCGUCCUGUAUGGAUGUCGAUAACAACGCUUACUUGCUGGAAUCUGGCUGAGCCACACCUGCCACACCGAGUGUUGCGCCAAUUUGGGAUUGUCCAACCGUAUAUACCGCAACUCCCCCGGUUCCACGGUACUGAUUUUGCGAAACAGGAUCGCCGUGGAAAAGCUGGUCGAAAUUGGGUUGAUUGGCACGCCAAUUAUAUACAGGAGUGGGACAACAUGCACUUUUUGGUGUGGACUGAUCUGGAGUACAGUGAUGAGCCUGUUGCAACCGAAGAAUAUAUGGAUUGGUUUCGGCAGAUAACUGUGGUGUAUUUAACCAAACCCGGCGUGCAUGCUGAACAGGGCUUCCACGAAACGGCAUCUUCUCAUAGAUUCGCAGUAAAUUAUUCAUACUUAACCAAACCCUAGUUAAUUAUUUAAAUUCAUAUUAUGAUAUGUAUUUAACUUUGAUAAUUGUAGGUGGAGACACUUCACAACGUGCGCCACUUUCUAAGUGGCCAAGAUACGACAGAACAUCCGGCUUUGGGAACCAUUUCGAGGAUGAUUGAAGAAGGACUGCGGAUAUCCGGGGAGGCUGAGCGGAUGGACUACCGUCCUUCGCAGCGCUCUGCAAUGGACGUGGACG